AUGGUGAGUGAAAGUCAUCAUGAGGCCCUGGCAGCACCACCAGCUACCACAGUAGCAGCAGCCCCUCCAAGUAAUGUCACUGAGCCAGCCAGUCCCGGAGGAGGGGGAGGAAAAGAAGAUGCAUUUUCUAAGUUAAAAGAGAAGUUUAUGAAUGAACUGAACAAAAUUCCACUGCCACCUUGGGCCUUAAUAGCCAUAGCCAUAGUUGCAGUCCUAUUAAUCCUUACCUGCUGCUUUUGUCUCUGUAAGAAAUGCUUGUUCAAAAAGAAGAACAAGAAGAAGGGAAAGGAGAAGGGAGGGAAGAAUGCUAUUAACAUGAAAGAUGUUAAAGAUUUAGGGAAAACCAUGAAAGACCAGGCUCUUAAGGAUGAUGAUGCUGAGACUGGGCUGACUGAUGGGGAAGAGAAGGAAGAACCCAAAGAAGUGGAGAAACUAGGGAAAAUACAAUAUUCUUUGGAUUAUGACUUCCAGAACAAUCAGCUUCUGGUUGGGAUUAUUCAAGCAGCUGAGCUGCCUGCAUUAGAUAUGGGUGGUACAUCUGAUCCCUAUGUGAAAGUUUUCCUGCUGCCUGAUAAGAAGAAGAAAUAUGAGACAAAAGUCCACAGAAAGACCCUUAACCCUGUUUUCAAUGAGCAAUUUACAUUCAAGGUGCCAUACUCCGAGCUGGGUGGAAAAACUUUAGUGAUGGCAGUUUAUGACUUCGAUCGUUUCUCCAAACAUGAUAUCAUUGGGGAAUAUAAGGUUGCGAUGAACACAGUGGACUUCGGUCACGUCACUGAGGAGUGGAGGGACUUGCAAAGUGCAGAGAAGGAAGAGCAAGAAAAGCUCGGUGAUAUCUGCUUCUCUCUCCGUUAUGUGCCUACUGCUGGCAAACUGACUGUCGUCAUUCUGGAGGCAAAGAACCUGAAGAAGAUGGAUGUUGGUGGACUAUCAGAUCCCUAUGUGAAAAUCCAUCUGAUGCAGAACGGUAAGAGGCUGAAGAAGAAAAAGACUACAAUUAAAAAGAACACCCUGAAUCCCUACUACAACGAGUCUUUCAGCUUUGAAGUACCAUUCGAGCAAAUUCAGAAAGUGCAAAUUGUUGUGACUGUUUUGGACUAUGACAAGAUUGGCAAGAACGAUGCCAUCGGGAAAGUCUUUGUGGGCUACAACAGCACCGGAGCGGAGCUGCGGCAUUGGUCAGACAUGUUGGCCAACCCUCGGCGGCCCAUUGCACAGUGGCACACCUUACAGCCCGAGGAGGAGGUAGAUGCCAUGCUGGCAGUCAAGAAGUAA